ACAAUUACACAAAUAAAACACUCUUAUCUUGGGCAGGACCGACGCAAAAUCUGAAUUUGAUCAACUUCACUCAAGCGCGGCAGGGACAGCCUACAGAGUCCAACCGUGCCCCUAGUCUUGCUGAACACUCUACGAACUUUAUAUAUAUAUACACACAUCGCGAGAUAUAUCCGACAUCGGCGAACCCAGUAAUUGUCCUGCUCGCGUGGAGUGUGACCCUAAAGCCGAUAAACAGCGCGCCGGGCCCGCUGGGGAUUCCACGCGUCGCUCGCCGCAGGUUGGCGGUGCGCCGUGAAUGAAGCAAGAGGCGGCGUUCUCCGUGCGCGGCCCGUCGAGGUACCCCAGCAUGCUCCACCUGCCCACGCUGACGUUCAGCGCGCAGCAGGUGGCCGGGGUUUGCGAGACCCUGGAGGAGAGCGGGGACGUGGAGAGACUUGCACGCUUCCUCUGGUCGCUGCCCGCGGCCGCGCUCUCUGCGGGCAACUCCGGCGAUCCGCUGAGCCGCAACGAGGCCGUGCUGCGAGCCCAGGCCGUGGUCGCGUUCCACACGGGCAACUUCGGAGACAUGUACCGCAUCCUGGAGGGCCACCGCUUCGCCAAGGCGUCGCACGCCAAGCUGCAGGCCAUGUGGCUCGAGGCGCGUUACCAAGAGGCCGAGAGGCUUCGAGGUCGCCCGCUGGGACCCGUGGACAAAUACCGCGUGCGUAAGAAGUUCCCUCUGCCCAAGACGAUUUGGGACGGCGAGCAGAAGUCGCACUGCUUCAAGGAGCGGACGCGCAGCCUGCUGCGGGAGUGGUACCUGCAGGACCCGUACCCGAACCCGACCAAGAAGCGAGAGCUGGCCCAGGCCACGGGACUCACUCCCACCCAGGUGGGGAACUGGUUCAAGAACCGACGGCAGAGGGACCGCGCGGCUGCGGCCAAGAACAGGAUGCUGCAGCCGCCGCUGCUGGGCUUGUCGGAGUCGCCCUCGCCGCCUCUCCUCUCGUUCGCGGCUCGCGACAGCCCCGCGGGCUCCCCGCGACUCGCGCUCUCGUGCAGCCCCGCGGGCAGCUCCAGCUCGAGCUGCCGCGCCCAGAGAUCGCUCACGGCGCCCGCCACCUCCGCCUCUGUCACGGACAGCGACUCCGAGUGCGACGUGGGCAUCGGCGACUAUUGA